AUGCCUACACUUAUCAACUGGAACAACGAGAUCAAGUAUACUGUCAAUGAUGAAAAUUACAAGACGCCCACGAAGAUUGAGGAUAUCCAAGCCAUCGUAAAACAUGCCUCUGAGCAGAACCAAAAGGUGACGGUUGUCGGUGCCAUGCAUUCGACCACAGAAUGCACCAUCGGCAGCGGCGUCAUUAUAGAUAUGAGGAACAUGGCUCGCAUCCUCUCGGUCGACAAGGACAAUCUCACGGUCACAGUGCAGGCAGGGGUGUCUCUACACCAACUCUGUGAGCACUUGAAGGAAAUCGAUCUCCAGCCACCAGUCAUUCUGGAAUGGGGCAAUUUCCAAAUCGGUGCUAUCAGCGGCACCCAUGCCAACGAUACCUCCAUGCGGCGUAGUGGGCAGUUCUCGUCGUAUGUUACGGGCGUGAAGCUGGUCACUCCCACCGGGGUAAUCAUGGAGAUCUCAGAGGCUCACAAUACUGAAUAUCUCGCGGCUAUCCGCUCGCAUUUCGGCCUGAUGGGCGUGGUCUGUGAGGUUACCGUGCGCGUCUUCGAGUCGCAGCCGCUGCAGGUCAACUUCCAAGUCAAACAAAUCGACAAGUUUGUGGACAACUUCACCUCUGAAUUGAAGGCACUCAAAGACACCUAUGAUCAGGUAUUCGGCGUCGUGUUUCCACACUCCGGUCAACUUCUGUGGCAGUGCCGUAAAUACAUCGAUCCAAAGAUCCCCCGGCCGGUCACUCUCGAGACAUUGCUUGACCCUAUUGAGAGUAAAAACAUCAGCCUCUUUGGUGGUCUAUUUCUGCCGCUCGUGAAAGCCGGCAUGGCUCUCCAUCCCUCAGCACCCCAGGCAGCACUGCUCAACGAAGCACUCAUUAACUUGCCGCUCAAAAUUAUCCGUCACACAACCUAUGUGAUUGAUCCAUGCCAGCGUGCCGUUCUUUACCGCGAAGACGAACCUGAUUUUGAGUUCUACGACUGGAUGUUUCCCGAAGACAAGUGGUGCCAAGCUAUGCAGGCAUUUUUACAGCUGGCUGAUCGCUUCCGUCGCGAGCGAGACUUCUUCAUGCCACUUCCGGCCAUCAUCUACUUCAUCAAGCAGGACAAGGAAUCUCUGUUAUCACGGUCACGGGAUUCGAAUAUGAUCGCUGUUGACCCCGAGCACCCAGACCCCAAGGAUCCCACAUGGAGAGAUUUUCGUCUGGCAUUUAAUGAGGUUGCCACCAAGCAUGGUGGUAUCCCGCAUAUCAACAAGACGCGCGAUGGCGCUAUACAUCAUUUUGCAAAGUGCCAGGACCAAGAGAGCGUUCGGAAGUAUCUGCAGAUCCGCAAGCAGAUUGAUCCCAAGGAUACAUUUCUAAAUGAUUAUUUCAAGACCCUGUUUGCUGCCUAUCUAUAG